CAAUCAGAUAAAAUUAGCAGAAGAGCAAAACCUCGAACAAAAACCCCACAUUUUAUCCUCUUUCCUCCUCUUCUUCUUCUUCUUCCUCGAGCGAAUCUUCUUCUUCUUCUUCGAGCGAGGUUUUGGGAUUCGGACAUGGCCUCCUCUGUGUCUCUGACCAGUCAAGUAUCGAAGCUGUACCCGUCAAAUGGACGGACAGCUCCCUCUCUUUCCCCUUGUAACUUGACUUCGAAUGCAAAUAUUGUCAGUUCUGGCCGGCAAAUGUUAGCAUGUUUUAGUUAUAGAAAAAAUGGCAGUAGCUAUCGAGCUAUAAAAGUUAAUGCACUGUUUGGAGGCAAAAAGGACAACAGCGAGAAGGGUGAUGACUCGCCUUCAAAGGCAGGAAUUCUUGGAAACAUGCAGAAUUUAUAUGAUACAGUGAAGAAAGCUCAGAUGGUGGUCCAGGUUGAGGCUGUACGGGUUCAAAAGGAACUUGCAGUAGCAGAGUUUGAUGGUUACUGUGAAGGUGAAUUAAUAAAGGCAACAUUAUCCGGGAACCAGCAACCUGUUCGCAUUGAGAUUACCGAAGCGGCAAUGGAAUUGGGAUCUGAAAAACUUUCUGAGUUGGUCACUGAGGCCUACAAGGAUGCACACCAGAAGAGUGUUCAGGCAAUGAAGGAAAGGAUGAGUGAUCUCGCGCAGAGCUUGGGUAUGCCACCAGGCCUAAGCGACGGAUUCAAGCAGUGAUAAGAGUUCCCCUCUUUCUGUAUCGUCUAAUUGACUCGAAGUUUUUCACAUACCAAUUUUGUGUACAACUUAAUAGUAGGCAUAAUAUUUCUCAUUUGUACCUUUGACCUUGAGUUUCAUUACUGUAAGGAACCUCUUAUAUUUUUAUUGACUAUGGCUUUAGUAAUUGGAUAUAAAAUGAAAUGGCUCCUCUGUCCAUUUGCAA